GAACAGGGCCUAACGAAUGAAAAACAGAGGAGCAGGGGCGUAGCAGAUCCUUCCUCAUUAAACCCUCUCACUCCUCCCGCAAAACCCCUUCUUUCCCCUCUCUCUCUUCCCCACCAUUUUCCAAUCAAAGAACUCUAAUUUGAUCGAAAAUGGCGCUUUUACGAUCUAAUGCUAUUCGAAAUCUAUCAAAAUUGGUCCAGCUUCAACAACAUUCGUUUGCUCUGGGAAGCUCAAGAACUUACGCUAAUGCUAUUAUUAACGGGCCUCAAGAUAACUUAUGCAAGACAGAUUCUUCUUUAUACAAGAGUCAAAACUAUCCACUGGCUCAUGGAAGAGCAGGGGUGCUUCGCUCUACAAUGGCUGCUGCUGAGAUGUCAGUGUUUUUGUAUGAAGCUAGAUCAUUAUCAACACAAGCAAAAGCCCCUCAUCAAGCACGGCAGACGGGGGCCAUGCAAGUUGCAAUGCUUAGCCCUGGAUUUAUCUAUGAACCAUACGGGCCUCGAGAACCAAUCUCAUUCUUGCAAAGAUGGUUCACUAGAAGAGGAUGGAGAAGAACGAAGGAAGACAUGAUCAUAGAGAUGAAAAGCGCCUAUGCUAUCUCCAAAUUGAGGAAAUUUGGGUAUUCGAAACAGGGUUUCUAUAAAGAGGCGUUUGAAUUAUAUAAAGAGAUAAAUGCAUACCUGGCACAUGGUGAUAAAACUUCAUUGAGGAAAUUAGUUACGGAAAACAUGUUCUCAGUCCUGAAAAAUGAUAUAAAAAAAAGAGAAACAAUGUGGAGCAGUGUGUAUUGGGAAUUGGUUGUGCCAGCUGUUAAAAUCCGAACCCUGCGAGCUAGACUGAUUGGUGUUGACCGCAAUGACCUUAAGAAGGUUUUCAUACAGCUCACCCUGGAGUUUCUUACAAACCAGAAGUUUGAGGCUUAUAAUUCUGAAGGCACUGCUGUUGCUGGAGAUAAAAAUAAAGAGGUACUUGUUCGUGAUAUAUGGGUAUUUGAGAAGUCACUCUUUCACCCUGGAGCAUAUUGGCGUCUCUGUGGACGAAUUCCUCCUCCUAAAUAGAUCUUAGUAGUUAGACUUGAUUGUCCUGUAAUGUACAGUUGCAAGGCAAAUUUUGCUUCUGCCAAAAUUUUGCAAGUUUAGCAUGUGUUGUUUCACAAAGUAUCGUUUUAGCUUUGAUAUUGGCAUACACCCAUGGAUGUGGGUUUCAGGCAAAAGUUAUACGCUCCUUGUCACCGAUAUUUCCAACCAAAUUGUAUAAAUUAUGGAUAUUUGAGAUUAUUCUAGUGGUUCAAAUGUUCUGUA